CGGCGACGUCAAUCGCGUUGUGAUGCGUGCCCGGGUGACAUGCAGCCGGCUAGACGUACAUCGGUAAUUUUAAAAUUGAGCCGGUACAUUAUACGGUGUCUGACCACUCAGCCGGACGUUUGGUUCUUAUUGUACAAGUGCGUGCAUUUGAUAACGGUUCACGUACACGAACCAGUCGUUCAGAGCGUGGAUGUAUUGGACGGUCUAUUCGAGAGACAGGAUCCUUCACAAACCAACGACUGUAACGACAGCUCAACCAACAGGAGACUGUCGUCGUCGUCCUCUGUCAAUGACGCCGAUUUGCCGGGACAACCAGAAAACGAUCAACAUCGGGGCAUGGAAGAAGACGACGACGAGGACCAAAACGAAGACUACUACUCUAACUUUUUUGAUAUGUUCACCGGACGACCGUAUCAGUGCACCGGCACCGUUAUCAGAGAUACCCUUAGUGCAAAUACAUAUGGAAUGAUACAAUCGAGUUCAAAUGUUUCACAAAGAGAAAAUUCUACUUUCUUACCUGUGACUCAGCCAGCUAGCGCACCAGUGUCUCCAGUUGGAUCUCCUGUUACUACCCAGCUACUAACAGCUGCUGUUUCUAAUUUAACAUUAGAUCCAAAUUGGCAAGCUAUAAAGUCCACUGUUCGUGAACGUAAUGCUGCUAUGUUCAAUAAUGAUCUAAUGGCUGAUAUAUAUUUUAUAGUUGGAACUCCAGGUAAUAUACAGAGAAUACCAUCACAUAAGUAUAUUCUAGCAACUGGGAGUUCAGUUUUUUAUGCUAUGUUCUAUGGUGGACUAGCAGAUACUAAAGAAGAGAUUGAUGUUCCUGAUGUAGAACCUACUGCUUUUUUAACGCUUUUAAGGUAUUUGUACUGUGAUGAAAUUCAACUUGAAGCAGAUACAGUUUUAGCCACGUUGUAUGUUGCAAAAAAAUAUAUAGUACCUCAUUUAGCUAGGGCCUGUGUAAAUUAUCUAGAAACUAGUUUGACAGCAAAAAACUCAUGUCUGCUUCUCAGCCAGUCAAGGCUUUUCGAGGAGCCUGAACUAAUGCAAAGAUGUUGGGAAGUAAUUGAUGCUCAAGCAGAAAUAGCAUUAUAUUCAGAGGGUUUUGUUGAUAUUGAUGUUGAUACAUUACAAAGUGUACUUGGUCGUGAAACAAUUAACUGUAAGGAAACUGUUCUAUGGGAAGCAACUAUGAACUGGGCCUCAGCAGAGUGUAAUAGACGUGAAAUUGAGCCAACGCCAACAAAUAAAAGACAAGUAUUAGAUUCUGCACUGUAUUUACUCAGGUUACCAGCAAUGUCAUUGGAAGAAUUUGCUAAUGGACCUGCUCAGAUAGGAUUACUCACCUUAGAAGAGACUGUUGAUUUAUUUCUUUAUUUUACAGCAACGAAUAAACCACAAUUAACCUACCCAACUAAACCUCGAAUAGGACUUAAACCACAAACUUGCCAUCGAUUUCAGUCAUGUGCUUAUCGUAGUAAUCAAUGGCGAUACCGUGGUCGCUGUGAUAGUAUUCAAUUUAGUGUUGAUCGGCGUGUAUUCAUUGUAGGUUUUGGCUUAUAUGGCUCAUCAACUGGAGCAGCUGAUUACAAUGUUAAAAUAGAGCUUAAACGAUUAGGCAGAAUACUCGCUGAAAAUAAUACUAAAUUUUUUUCUGAUGGAUCUAGUAAUACUUUUCAUGUACAUUUUAAUCAUCCUGUUCAGGUAGACCCGGAAUUAUUUUAUACUGCAUCGGCUAUACUAGAUGGUGCAGAAUUAAGUUAUUUUGGGCAAGAAGGACUGAGUGAAAUAAAUGCAGGAUGUGUCACUUUUCAAUUUCAAUGUUCCUCUGAAAGUACCAAUGGAACUGGAGUACAAGGAGGGCAAAUUCCUGAACUUAUAUUUUAUGGCCCUGCGGCUAGUGAUGACCAUUGAAAUCUAUUGUGUUUAAAAUUGUUAACUCAAAUCACAUUCACAAUGUAUUUUACUCAAGUCUUAGAUUUUUUUUUUUAAUUAUAUUUUCAUAACCAUAAAUAUUUAUUAUUUUAAUACUUCUUAUUUACAUAUCUAUUUCUCAGAAUAUAUCUUGAAGCCUUCCUAAAAAUGUUUGACGUAUUUAAUUUAUUAAAUUAGAUUCAUUAUUACUGUAAAUGUUUUAUAAUAAUAAUGAUGUUUGACUAGUAUUUUGAAUUUUGUAACUAUUGUUUUGUGUUUAAAUUACUUAAAUUAAAGUAAAACUGAGUAUCUCAUACUAACUAUGUAAAUAAUUAAAAAAUAGUUAAAGAGUAAACAAUUGAACAUUAACCUGCAAUUUAGUUAAAAAGUUUUACUGAUUAUUCUAUAGUCAAUAUUUUCUUGUGUAUUUGUAUCUAUACCCAACUUUUACUACAUUAUAAAUCUUAAUUAUGCUCAAUGUAUAUUAAUAUGUAAAUAUAAAAUAUAUAUAUGCUUAUAUUUUUAGAAAUAUAAAUUAGUAUAAUUUAUAUUGUAGUUAUUCUCAUUUAUUUUUAUGAAAAUAGUAAUAUAUUGUGCAAUUAUCCUAUUUAUCAUGAAACUAUAAUAAUAAAUUGGUUUAUAUUAUUUUAGGUUACAAAAUAAUUUUAACUAUAUUCUGAACUUUCGUUAUUGCCUACAAUAUAAUUUUAAAAAUCAUACUAUAUUUUUCUUUAUUAAAUUUUUUAAAUAAUUUUUGCUUGACAAAAUUAGUUUUAAAACUAUUUCUAAAAUUAUCUAAUUUUACUAUAAGUUAAUUUCACAUUAAUAAAAAUAUAUACUUAUUUUUAAUAUGUAAUUUACCUAUUGUAAAGUAAAUUUAAUAUUGAGUAAUAAUUAUUUAUUUUAUAAUAUUUUAAAUAUGUAGCGUUUGUUUUAGGUAAAUUAUUCAUUUAUUUUGUUGGUAGACUGUGAUAGGGGACAUUACAUCAUAUUUUAUAUUUUUAAAUAUAUAAAAUUGUUUGUA